UGUGAACUAGAUGUCGCCGCCUACGCCACUUCCACCAUCAACCGCGACGUAUGAGACCCAAACCACUGGUUGGAUUGAAAGACUGGGUUUGAUAUCACUCCUCUUCUGCUGAUGUGAGUUAAAAGAGAAUAUCUAUCCGUGUUCAACGCCAAUUCAUUUGGCCCUAGGCUUCUGAAACAGCAGCUGCAGUUCACUUCUCCCUCCAAGUGUGAAACUCGAAUAUUUUCUGAUAUCCAACUACUGUUUGGCUGCUAUCGGGUUGCUGCCGAACUAAACUUCUAGCCUCUUCCAGCGGGGUAAAAAAAUUGCUUCUAUUAAUUAGUCUUCUCCUUCCCGCUGUCGUCUCAUCGGGUGUCUAGAAGGAGACGAGAAGAGGAGGGAAGGGAAGAGGAAAAGGGGACGAAAUAAGUCCCCUGGCUUCGCGUCCAGGUGAUCCCCUUCUGCCUCCCAGGUGCAUUUACGCUACAGUAACACCGCCAGAAUGUCCAACAAUCCCGCACCUCAAGGGCCACCCACCAUGAAAUCCUCACUACCUGCAAUCCAUGCAGCUUUCACCAAAGAAACCCCGCCCCCGCCCCCGCCCCCAAACACAAACCCCUCCCGCACAACUACCGCCGCCGCCACCUCCAGACCAAAAGCUGUGACCAAACAACGCAAACCAGCCCCUGAUCCCCGCCAUCUAGCCAUAGCCCUCCACCACGCCCACCAAAUACAAGCCCGCAAGGACACAGAGGCCCUAAUCCUCGCCCGCAUCGAGGAACUCCUCUCCUUCCCUAGUUCCCCCAUUGCCCAAGCCUCUUCCCCUCUUCCCGCAGACGUCCAAGCCUUUAAAGAAGCCCUCAUCCCAUUCCAGCCAUCGGACUACGACAAUCUAAUCCUGGAAAGGAACAUUGACGGCCGCUGCGGCUACGUACUCUGCGCCAAUGAACAUAGGAAGGAAGACCCUAGGGCGAAGUUCAGGAUUGUAUGGGGGAAGAAAGGGAGUGGGCCUGGCGGGCGCGGGAAGGAAAUGAAGGUUGUACCGAAGGAGCAGAUUGAGAAAUGGUGUUCAGACGAGUGUGCGGAGCGCGCCAUGUAUAUUCGUGUGCAGCUGAUUGACCAGCCGGCGUGGGAGAGGAGCUCUGUUGGGACGGGACAAGCGCAGGCGGAGCAGAUUUUACUACUGGAGGAAGGGAGGGCCAGGAAGGAGAGGAAUAGGAUGAAGGGGAAGGAGGGUGAAAUCGGGGGGGAGGUUGUGCAGGAAGAGCAGGUAAAGGGGGCGAGUGAUGUCGAAGAGGCUAUGCGCCGGCUGGUGAUUAGUGAUAAGAGCUUGGAACCUGAGGCGAUUGUGGAUGGGAUGGGGCAGUUGGCUGUUCGUGAUGAUCGGGAGGCUGGCCAGGCCGCGCUUGCUAUUGAAAGAGGAGAUAGCGCUACGAACCACCGCGGGUUGGCUGCAGGACGGGUUGGUGUGAAUAUCUUGGAGAAACAGCAGGGCACAAGCACUAAAGCAGCCAUGGUUCAACCUCCAUCGUUGCACGCGGAAGAUUUAUGUGGUGGCUCGAUUGAAGGCUUUGAGCCAACGAAGCAACUUGGUACCGCAAGGCAACAUGCGCCAAACGACGACGACGACGACGACGACGACGAAGAUGAUGAUAUCCUCCCUACUAUUUAACGUAUUUAAUGUUGUUUCGCGUUGAGGCGUGCGUCCAAAGGCGGUGCCAUAUCCGGCGUGCACUAUAACGGGUUCUGCAGGAGGGGAUAAAAGGAGUUUACCAAGGUUUUUUAUUCGAACAAUGAUAACAUCUACAUCCGCAAGUUUUUGAGUCAAGUAUAUAUCAAUCGAACUAGCAAUUGAUCUAGGACCUACCGUUUUUCGUCCAUUCCAAAAUAAAUAUUAUCUAUACCAUACCUCAAGAGCACUGAGGCAAUGGUGAGGCUAAAUUUUCAAGGAGCGUCACUCCAAGCAGCCUCGCCUCUUAAAAGGUGUUGAGGUAAACUUGAAAAAGCAAACAAAAGAACAAUUUUGGCAAUCAAGCAUCAUCCGUGAGGAAUCAGCGACACCUUGUCUUGAGAUAAAUACCCUUUAUAUUCUUGUCCGGUUUGUCGUGAGUUAACCUGCAAUAAAAAAA